AAAGCACCUGAAAGCAAUCUUUUUGUAAACCACUCCCACCGGGUCAUUGCAAGCUGAUCUUCUGUGUCAACAGCAGUCAAUACAGACGCCAUCGUUCCUGUUGUGCUACAGCAAGAAAGACUCAAAAUCAAAGGGUUCAAGGCAAUCCAUGAUGGAUUCCAGGUCUCGCAGGCUUCCCUUUUGUCUGUCAGGCUCAAGGUCGUCCUACACAUCCAGUCCAACAGUCUCCUCCUCAUCACUGGGCUCGAGUAGGUUGUACAGUCGGGAGACACUGCAGUAUAAUGACCGCUUCCCAAGGGCAUCAUCAGCUUACAAAGCGGACCUGGACCAACAGAAUUCUCGUCUCCUGAGCUCAUCCAGAGACUGCAGCAGCUCUGACAGUCGUUCCACCAGCUGGAAGUUGCCCACUUCUCUGACCUCCUCCAGCAGAUCCUAUGAUCGCCCAUGGGCUGAAUCCUCUCUGAGCAGCAGGAGCAAAGUGACUGAUUCUGAAGGCAGGUUGGGGAUGCGCUCAAGUCUGUUGAACGCUAGUGAUGAUGGUGAUUCCAAAAGGGCCAAACUGUCAUACAGCAACAGAGGACUGUACUCAAGACCGGCCAGCACCUCAGUUACAGGAUCCACCUAUUCCAGUAAUGUUCUUAGCAGUGGCAGAGGUAUAGAUGAAAAACAAAAUGACACGUUUGAUUCAUCAUGGAGCUCAUGCCGUUUACUCUCACGGCCAUCAUCUUCCACCUCAAAGCCAUUGUUGUCCAGGAGAGAGCAGGAGACAAAGAACGAGCCCAGUCUCUCAAGUCUGGGAGAGAGAAGACUUAGGAGUCCUGCAGUGGCUUCCUCAUUGUAUCAGACAGACAGGGUGACUUCCACAUAUGCGCAGGGAGCUCGGCCCAAAGAGACUGCCUACACCUCCUCUUCUUCCUCCUCCGUUGCUAGAGAGAGCUCCCUAAAUCGCCACCUCUCAUCUUCCACCUCCCACCGGUCUUUUCCUCUGGUGCGCGAUUUGAGCAGCAGAACCACAGCCCGCAUCUUAAACGGCUCAUCCACCCUCCACUCAUCUCAGGAACAAAGAAGAACCUCUGAAUCCUCCUCAGAUAUCUCCUCCUCUUACUCGUCCCACACCCCCUGGUACACCAGUCCCCUGGCCAGAGCAGAGGCCACUCUCCCCUCACGGCCGGCCCCGGAAGGUGGAGACCCAGAAGGCCGUCGCUCCACACGACGCCUUUUGUCCCGUCUGUUUUCACGGCGCUCCAGCCAAGACUCUUCUAGUGGAUCUUCCAGCGUUCGCUCCCUUGACGAUGAUAGUCCAUCAACUGGUGGAGAGUCUGUGGACAGUGACGAGGGAGCCAGGAUGUCUAGCGUGGACCCUGACGCUGGGGGGUCAGAGACGACCUUGGGUAUCCACAGGAAUCGUAGAACAGACCUCACCCCUAUCCAGGAAAACAACGGUGACAGCUAUCGAAGUGGUCUGGCUCGGUCCAGAAUGGCUUCGUGGAGAGACCCUGGUGUUAGCAGUAGUAAUAACACCAGCAGUGGAGGAGGAAGCAGCUCCUCCUGGCUUUCCUCCUCCCUCCGUGGCCGCUGCCCUCCCCUACUCGCUCGCCUCAGAAGACAUGCCAGGGACGCGAGUGGACAGUCAGCUACAGGCUUAGAAGACGGCUACAGCCGUCCACAGCAUUUACUGAGGAGGUGGGACAACCUUGAGCAUAAAGCAUCACAGGAAGAAGAUGAUGAUGAUAAUGAUGAUGAUGAGGAGGAGGAGGAAGAGGAGGAGGAGAAUGAAGAGGAGGAGGGAGCAGUUGGUUUAGAGGCCUUUGGAGCAGGUCAUCCCUGCAGACUGGAGGAUGAAACAUUACCUGACCUUGAAGAUGCCUCAGUUGAGUUUUCGCCACGCCGCAGAGCCGCAGUAUAUGAAAACAUUUCACUUUCUUUGGGUCCAUUUAGUGGUGUUGAGAGCCAGCUGGACGGCCAGAAAGAUAAGCCCAUUUCCAGUAGGGAUCAAGAGAAGCUGCGCAAGAUCAAGGAGAGACUGCUUCUGGAGGAUUCAGAUGAGGAAGAAGGUGACCUGUGCCGUAUCUGUCAGAUGGGGGAGGACUCGUCUUCCAACCCCUUGAUUCAGCCUUGCCGCUGCACAGGCAGUCUGCAGUACGUCCACCAGGAAUGCAUCAAGCGGUGGCUUCGCUCCAAAAUUGGCUCAGGCACAAACCUUGAGGCCAUCACAACAUGUGAACUCUGCAAGGAGAAGCUGCGCUUAAACAUAGACAACUUUGACAUUCAGGAGUUAUACAGGACACAUGUGCAAUCAGAAUAUGAUGAGUUCAUCAGCAGCGGCCUCUACCUGGUGGUGCUGCUGCAUUUCUGCGAGCAGAGGUUCUCUGAUGUCCUGGGAGCUGUCGAUGCUGCCGGGUUAUUCAACCUGGUGAGAAUCCUUCAUGAACACAUGGACAAUCUUGAAAUUCCACAUGGGGAAACUGACGAGGAGGUGCGAGACAACAGACCGUCCAUUGAAUUUUCUGACCUGGACGACGAUCUUGAGGAGGAGUACUAAUUGUGUGAAGGUGGUGGUAUGAGGGUUAAAAAAAAAAAUAAAAUAAAAAAAAAAGUGGGUCAGAUUAUCUGAAGAUUUAGGGCUACUUCAUACCAUAUGGUAGCUCACCCAGUUUUCACACAUGCUUUGACACCUUCAUGUUCAUCUGAAAUGCAAGUGAGAAAUGCCAAGUGCAGAGAAUAUGUCUUGCCUUUGUUGCAGGUGGCUUUUGCAAAUAUGCAAACCUGAAAUGAACCAGUGCGUAAAACAUUCUGUCUGACACCACUGUAUUUCUGUUUCUGAGAGUGCACUUUAUUCAGUUAUAAUUAAAUAAAAAUGCAAGUCUUUUUAACUGUUAUACCACAAGUGCUUUAAUGUUGAAUGCAGAAAUAGAAUGAAAGGAAAAUAGUGAUGAGUGUCGAUUUGAACUUGAUGUGAUGGAAAGAGGAGAAAACAGAAAAGGGGGGCAAUGAUUUACUUUUGUUUUUUCCUCUGAUUUUUCCCACUGAGUAGACAUUAAGAAAAACAGAGGGGGCGAACUCACCCAUCAACAAAUUUUCUCCAUUUUUGUUUCAGUGUUUGAAAUGCUUUAUGUAUGUUCAAAUUUAGUUUCAUGCUUUUUAUUUUGGGAAUAAAGAUUGAAUGCAGACUA